GUGAACGUCAGCUUUCUACAAAUUUGAAUUCUCCAUUUUGGAUUGCAGAGCUUUCGUAACGAUUGACUGUUGAAACCGUACACCGAUUUUUUUCCUGGUUAUUGGAUGAAACAUGUCCUGGCAAAGUUACGUGGACAACAGCCUCGUGGGUACAGGAAAAGUUCAGAAGGCAGCCAUAUUUGGCUUAGACGGUUCGCCUUGGGCUAGCAGCCCUGGAUUCUCGGUAUCUCAGCCAGAAGCGCAAGAGAUGAUAAAGAGCCUUAAGGAUGGUAGCGUCUCAGGCAAGAACAUUGCUGGAACGAAAUACAUGAUGCUGCGGAACGACAAGGACAAGAAAGCGGCGUACUUGAAAAUGAAAGACAAAGGAGGCUUUUGCGCGUGUUUGACCAACAAGGCUCUCAUUCUUGGUGGCUACGAUGAAAGUGCUGGCGGUGCUGGAAAUUGCAAUCAGUGUGUGGAAACCGUAGCAGAACAUCUCAUUGCUUCAGGAUUUUAAUGUUUGAGUAGAACCUUAAAACACAAUCUAAGGCAAAGAACACAUAUAGUGGUAUUUGGUAAUGGUUUUUGUUCCUAUGACCUUAGCUCAGAGAUUUACACACCUUUAAGCAAGAUGUUUAGAACAAUUUUCUCUAGAAGCACUGUAAGUUUUCAUGUUCCGUUUAAGACGUUUUCAUUUGUUUAACGGAUAGAUUGUGCUAACUGUUGGCUAAAGCUUUGAAAGAAGUAAAGCUUUCUGAUGUAUGAAUCUCUA